UGAUAGCAUACAACAUCAACCUACUGAUACUUCAACUUUAGACGCGUCAACUGAAAGCAGUUCACAUCAGGAUCAUACAAAUGAUCAUGCGAAUGCACAUGAAUAUUCCGAAUAUACGGUUGAAAAAAACCAAGAAUAUCUCGAGUCCAUCAGAAGAGAAACCGCCGAAAAAACACCGCUCGUAUGUUCGCCUGAAAGUAUUGAGAAUUUAUUAAAAGAAUAUCUGCAUGGUAGUGAAGUAUAUCAACAGAAGAUCAUGAAAUUGGCUGAGAAACAUCAUACAAUAAGACGUUGCAGAGCCUUUGGUUUUGCGUGGUUCGAACGACUUUUAAAUUCUAAAGACCCAACAAUUCAUCAAACCGCACUCGAAACGUUGACUUAUACGAAAGUUCAACUUCUUCCGCUUUGGUAUGAAGAAUUGAUUUAUGAAGACAUGUAUGAAGAAGUCGAAGGACAUUUAAAAGCUAUUGUAGAAGGAAAAUAUGAUAAUGACAAGUUGUUAUCCAUCUUUCAAGAUGAAAGUAUCUCUAAUCAAAUAGUCAUGUAUCUUCGAUUUGUCACAACCGCCUACUUGAAAAAACAUUUUAAUGAAUACGAACCAUUUCUGGAUUGUGAUUUGGAAAUGGAUAAGUAUUGUAGUAAAUAUGUGGAAGGCAUGGAUAAAGAGGCCGACCAUAUUCAUGUCCUUGUAUUGACACGAGCUUUAAAAAUUCCUGUUGAAAUUGCAUAUAUGAGCAGCUCCGACGCGCUUGAUCAAGUCAAUUUUCAUGAAUUUUAUCCAGAAGAAGCUUCAAAAGCUUUUACCUUAUCACUCCCCUCUUCUGUUCCCAAUUCUAUCAGCCAACGACGGUUGUUGGUUUCUAAAAAGAAAGUUGGUGGGAAAAGUGAUAAAAAGGAUAAAGUAGCGUUUAAAAAAGAGGACGAUGUAGAAGAUAAAGAGGAGGCAAACAGUAGAGUCUUUGAUAUGACUAGUAUCACAACUAAAAUGACUUCUAUUAUCGGAAGGCUAAAAAAAGAAUAUGGUGCAAUGAGGAUCGGACAAGCAAAUCCAGCCAUUCUUGAUUCCGUGUUAGUACCUCAUAAAAAUGGCAGCACGCCUUUAAGGGAGCUUACGCAAAUUACAGUCAAAGAUCCACAAACCUUAUUAGUGCACGUAUACGAUGAAGAA